AUGCGUGUCCAUACCACCCUAGGUCCGCUAAUUCUCAGCGCAGGUCUUUGCGCCGCUCGCGCUUGCGCUCCGCAUCCCCGAUCAACAACAACAUUAUCAUGGACCAGCGAAACAGCUACUUCAACGGCGAUAGGAUCUACCGCUACCGAGAUUGCAACGACUGCCUCUGGCCUCACUUCUGAAGAGACUACGAUCGUCACCGAGUAUGAUACCGCCAUUGAAUCCUCCCUGACGAUAUUGAGUUCAGCUACGGAGACGUCAACUGGUGAAACGUCAGCUUUUGAGACGACAACUGCUGAAGCUUCGAUAUCAACCGUUCAGGCUUCGACGUUAACGAUUGAGGCUUCGACGUCUGCCACUGAGGCACCAACCCGCACAACCGAAGACUCAACGACUACUACGACAUCUCCCGCCCAGAGCGUACAGAGUCCGCCAAACGGCGAUUUCGAAGACCCUACCCUUGAGCCAUGGGUGUCUACAGGAACCACAGCAGUUCUGGCCCAGGGAGGUUACUGCUACGAGAAGAACCAGUGCGCGAGACUUCCAGGACCCUACAGCGGAAACACCGCCAAAAUCUGCCAGAGCGUCGGAAUCGACCAGGGCUACGAGUACACUUUCUCGGCAUAUCUCAGGCAGAGCUGUACUUAUGACGCUGGAGAGUCAGAGCCCAUCGACUGCAACCCUAAUGUUAACUCGGUUCAACUGAGCAUCGAUGGGGCGGCAUUCGCUUCCUUUCCAGUUGACUGGGACAACCAGUAUCAUAAAUACUCCACCGUCUUCCGAUACACUGGCCCUGAUAUUGAAUCGACGGAUCUGUGCAUUUCUGCCAGCAUAACGCAGGGUAAUGCGUACGAGUUCUUUGUUGAUGCCGUUUCCCUUUUGCGUGGGGAUUCUGUGCCUGUUCCUGAGGAGUCAUAG